AUGAACCAGGAGAAACUCGCCAAACUGCAAGCACAAGUGCACAUUGGUGGGAAAGGAACUGCUCGCCGAAAGAAGAAGGUGGUUCAUAGAAUGGCUACAGCAGAUGAUAAAAAACUUCAGUUCUCCUUAAAGAAGUUAGGGGUAAACAAUAUCUCUGGUAUUGAAAAACUGAAUGUGUUCACAAACCAAGGAACAGUGAUCCACUUUAAACCCCAAAGUUCAGGCAUCGCUGGCAUGAACACAGGCUAUGCUGAGACAAAGCAGCUGACAGAAAUGCUACCCAGUAUCUUAAACCAACUUGGUGCAGAUAGGCUGACUAGUUUCACAAGACUGGCUGAAGCUCUGCCCAAACAAUCUCUGCAUGGAAAAGCACCACUUGCUACUGAAGCAGAUGAUGAUGAUGAAGUUCCAGAUCUUGUGGGGAAUUUUGACGAAGCUUCCAAGAAUGAAGCAAACUGA